AUGAAUCAAGAUGAUAAAUUAAUAAAUCAAUAUGUUAAAGAUUUACCAGAUGAUACUAUUAUAGAUUCUAUAUUUCAUGAUAAAAGAACUCAACAUGCGGAUGAUGCUAUUGAUUAUGAAAAUAUUGAUGAAUUAGCUGAUGACGAAUUCGAAAAUAAUAAUAUACAAAAUGAAGAUGACGAAUUUGAAAAAUUAUUAACAGCUGAAGAAUUAGAAGCUCAAAAUAUGGCAGAAGAUCAAUUUGAGCAAAUGUUUGGUGGUGAUGAUAAUGAUAAUGAUAAUGAACAACUAGAUUUACAAAUGUUUGAUGAUGAAGCUAGUAAAAAACAUCAAUUAGAAUUUGAACAACGCAAGGCUACAAAGAAACGAAAAUUGGAAAAAAUUGUUGCAAAAUUGGAGAAACAAAGAAUGAAAAAUAAUAUAAGUUAUUAUUAUCCUGAUUAUUCAAAAUUUAAACCAUUUAAUUUUCAUUUAUUUUCUCAAUUAUCACCAAAAUUUUUUAAAUAUCAACAUCCUUUUAAUAAAAAUGUUAAACCAUUAGUGCCUACAAAAUUAAAUUUGGAAAUAGAUGUUGAUCAAAGAAAAUUUAAAUCAAAUAAUGAAUCAAAUAUAACAAAUAUAACAAAUAUAACACAAAAAGAUUUGGAUUUUAUAAAUAAUUUACAACAUCAAUCAAAAAUUAAAUAUUUGAAUCAAUUUCAUGAUAAUAUAGAAAAAGAAUCAAGUAAUUUUGAUAAUGAUUUAAUUUUAUCAAACUCAGUUUGGGAUUUAGAAACAGAAAAAGUUCCUAUAAAUAAAAUAUAUAUAGAUGAUUAUCAACAAGAUGAUGAAAUAAUUUAUGAAGAUACAAAUAUUGAUAUAAAAUUAGAUCAAAAUGAUCCAAACUUAUUAUUUGUUCCACUUCCACCUACAAAAAUAAAUAAAUCAACCAAUGAAUCAAAAUUUAAUUUUUCAAAUGAUGAAGACUAUCAAUUAUUACGAAAGAAUUAUAAUACCAAGCAAAGGUCACAGUUGAGUAAUUUACAUAUUCAACACUCAACUGUGGCCUUACGCUUACAAAGUCCUUUUUUUAAAUGGAAAAGACAAUCUAGAGAACUCAGAUCUUAUCAUAGAUCUAAUUUCAAUAUCAGGUCAGGAUCAAUAAUGAGUUUCUCUAAAAUAAAAGUAAAGAAAAAGAAAUUUAAAAAUAAGAAAAUUGAAGAUAUUUUUAAAACCAGUGGUGAUUUAACAACAGGCGAUUCUGCAAAUUUAGUUGCUAUGGAAUAUGCAGAACAGUAUCCUCCAAUUUUAUCCAACUUUGGUAUGGGAUCAAAAUUAAUAAAUUAUUAUAGAAAAGAAAAAAGUGACGAUAAUUCCAGACCAAAAGCACCAAUUGGUGAAACUCAUAUUUUAGGUGUUGAAGAUCGAUCCCCAUUUUGGAAUUUUGGUGAAGUUGCACCAGGAGAUUUUGUAACCACGUUAUAUAAUAAUAUGAUUAGAGCUCCAAUUUUUAAACAUGAAUCAAAAUCAACUGAUUUUUUAAUAAUUAGAUCUCAAGGUGGUGGUUCACAUCAAAAAUUUUAUUUAAGAAAUAUAAAUUUUAAUUUUGCAGUUGGUAAUACAUUUCCAGUUGAAGUUCCAGCUCCACAUUCAAGAAAAGUUACAAAUAUAUCAAAAAAUAGAUUGAAAACAAUUGUUUUUAGAGUUAUGAAUAAUAAAAAUGCUCCAAGAAUUUCUGUUAAAGAUGUUUCAAAACAUUUUCCUGAACAUUCAGAUAUGCAAAAUCGUCAAAGAUUAAAAGAAUUUAUGGAAUAUCAACGUACUGGUCCAGAUCAAGGUUAUUGGAAAGUUAGAGGAAUGAAUGAUAAUAUUCCUAGUGAAGAAGAUAUAAGAACAAUGAUUACACCUGAAGAUGCUGUAUUAAUGGAAUCAAUGCAAGUUGGUAAUCAAAACCUUGAAGAUAAUCAAACAUUAUUUGGUGAUAAGAAAAAAAAAGAAGAAGAUGAAGAUGAUAAAACUGAUGAAGUUGAAAAUGAUUUAUCCAUUUGGGAUUUAUCUAAAAAUUUUACAAUUGCAAAUCAAACAAAACAAAUGUUAUUAUUAUCUGGUGAAGGUGAUCCAACUGGUAUUGGAUUAGGUUAUUCAUUUUUAAGAUCUACUCAAAAAAUACCAUUUAAACCAUUAUUUGAAAAAAAGGAUGAAACAAUUCCAAAAGCUGCACAAGCUGCUUAUAAUGCAAAAUUAUAUCAACAAGAAAUUACUAGAAUUUGGUAUUCGCAAAGAAGUAGUUUAGUUGAAAGAAAUGAUGAUGUUGAUCCAUUACAAGGUUUAAAAAUUAAAAAAGUUGAUCAUGAAAAAUAUUUUGAUGAAAAAAUUAAUCAUGAAAAUGAUUCAAAAAUUUUGAAAAUUACUAGAAGAGUUAAAGAUUCAAAUGGAAUUUUCAUUAGAAAGACAACUACAAUUGAAGAUCCAAAUGUUAUACGUUUAUAUAUCAAAAGAAAACAAGAUUUAGAACAAGAAUAUCUUAAAAAAUUGGAAAUUCAGGAUAUUGUACCUACUAGUGAUGUUGAAUUAAAUAAAUUAAGAAAACAAGCAUUGGAAUCAAAAUUGGCAAAUUUAGAAAAAAGAUCAAAACAAGCAAAAGCUAAAAAACCAGAAUUCAAAGCUGCUGCUGCUGAAGGUGCAACUAUAAUUGAUGCAAAUACUGUUAUGUUACCUGAUGGAUCAUAUGUUAUUGGUGGUAAAGGUAUUGGUAAAGGAAAAUCUCGUACAAGAAGAUGUGCAACAUGUGGAGCUUUUGGUCAUAUAAAAACUAAUAAACAAUGUCCAAUGUAUAGUCAAACUAUUGCUGAACAAAACUUGGAUAGAGAUAGGCCACCAAGUGUAAACUUACCUUAAGGAUAUAAAAUCAAUGUAAGGAUGCAUUAAUAUAAGAUCAUAAAGAUGUCUCUAAUACUAGCUUGUCUUUAAUUACUUGUCUCAAAUUCGUAUUUAUGCCAUACUUUCUUAAUGCGGCGAUUUCAGAUUUAAUCUAAUCCACCUUGCAUUACGAUGAUUUUAGCCACAGUUAAAUUUUUCAUCAAAAGAUAGCGAUUAUAUUUAAAUGGAUAAAGAGAAAGGGUUGGAUAUAGAUAGACAGUUUACUUAUGAAGAUAGAGAUCAAGCUCAAACUACAUCAAAUUCAUCUGAUUAUGAAAAAAAUUUAACAAACCAAGAAGCAAUUAAAUCUUAUUUCCACAGAGUUAUAGAUUCAUUUAGACCAAUUGAUUUAGAAGAAUAAGGAUAUGAUACUUCAAAUUUAACUGCUUUAGAAAAAUCAAUUAUUGCUUCAUCAAAGCAUCCAUUAGCUAGAAGAUUAAAAUCAAGACAUCUAACUGGUAUUAGCAUAGGUGGCACGAUUGGUUCUGGAUUAUUUAUUGGAAUGGGUUAUGCUUUAGGAAUGGGAGGUCCUGGUAUGUAAUUAAUUUGUAUGAGCUAUAUUUUGAGUUUACUAACAAUUCAGCGUCUGUUUUAAUUGGUUAUUCCGUAGUUGGUUAUUCUUUACUCACAGUUGUUAAUAGUUUAGGUGAAUUAUCUACACAAUUUCCAGUUUCUGGUAGUUUCAACGCAUAUUACACUAGAUUUAUUGAUCCAAGCUGGGGUUAUACUUUAGGUUUAAUGUAUGCUAUAUCAUGGUGUAUUAGUUUCCCUUCAGAAUUGAUAUCUGCUGCAAUUACAGUUCAAUAUUGGAAUCAAUCUAUAAGUCCUGCAGUCUGGGUUGCAAUAUUUUGGGUAGUUAUAGUAUCAAUUAAUCUUUUCGGAGUAAUUGGAUUUGGUGAAGCCGAAAUUAUUCUUGCUAUUUUGAAAGUACUUGCAGUGAUUGGGUUUUUAAUUGUUGGUAUUUGUAUUACUUGUGGUGUUGGAAAUCAAGGUUAUAUUGGUGGACGAUAUUGGAGGUCAUUACCAUUCAAUCAUGGAUUUAAAGGAGUAUGUUCGACUCUUGUGAGCGCAGCUAUUCAUUUGGAGGUGUUGAAUUAAGUUGUUUAGCAGCUGCCGAAUCAAAAAAUCCUGACCAACUGGUUCCUCGUGCAGUUAAAAAUACAUUUUGGAGAAUUACAAUUUUUUAUUUAUGUACAGCAAUAGUUAUUGGAUGUUUAGUACCUUAUACAAAUGAAGAUUUAUUAACUGGAGAUGGAGUUACUGCAUCUCCAUUUGUUAUUGCUAUUAAUGCCGGUGGUAUUAAAGUUCUACCUCAUAUUAUGAAUGCAGUUAUUGUUAUUGCUGUUGUAUCAGUAGGGAAUUCUUCAGUUUAUGGAUGUAGUCGUACAUUGGCAUCAUUAGCUGCUCAAGGUUUAAUUCCACAAUUAUUUGGUUAUAUAGAUAGAGAAGGACGUCCGUUAUUUUCAAUUAUGUUUACAAAUAUAAUUGGUUUAUUGGGGUUUUUAGUUGCUUAUAUAGAUGAAGAUACUGUAUUUACAUGGUUUUUCAGUGUUUGUUCAUUAGCUUCAUUUUUCAUAUGGGGUUUUAUUAAUAUUUGUCAUUUAAGAUGGCGUUAUGCAUUAUAUGAACGACAUCGUUCAUUAGAUGAAGUAAUUUUUAAAUCUCCAUUAGGGAUAUUUGGUUCAAUAUCAGGAUUGAUUUUAUUAGUAUUGGUUGUUAUUGGCGAGAUUUGGAUCUCCAUUUGGCCAAUUGGUUCAAAUGCUGAUGUUGUUACAUUUUGGCAAAAUUGUUUAUCAUUACCUUUAUUACUUGCGAUUUAUGUAUUACAUAAAACUUAUGCACGUUCAUGGAAUUGUUUAUGGGUCAAAUUGGAAGAUAUUGAUUUAGAUACAGGUAGAAGAGAAGUUAAUAUUGAAAAUUUAAAACAAGAAUUAGCUGAAGAAAGGCAAAAAUUGAAAAAUAAACCAAUUUAUUAUAAAGUUUAUAGAUUUUUUUGUUAA